ACCCCCAGAAAGCUGUUGAGGGAGCUGUCCUGAUUUUUUAAAAUUAUUAUUAAGGUAGAUGUGUAAGAAAAUCUUGCUGUAAUUCAACGGAUGUACUAGGUAACAGUGACAGUCCCAGAUUUGUGUGUUGCGAAGCUCUUGUUGAAAAUCCCGUAGUGACUUCUGCUUAAUCGGUGCAAGUGAACUACGCGCCCUGAAUGGCUAUACUAAAACUCGGAAAUCAUUGCUGUGUUUACUUAACGCAAAAAUUGUGAAGUAAGUGGUAGAAUGAGUUUGUCGACUGGUAUCUUUUAUCACGUAGCUAUAUAGCUACAGCUCAUUGUCAAGAUUAGGCCUAUCAAGAGGUACCAUUGGUACAGGUGUAUUUAUAAAUCAGAGCCCUAUGAUUGGUUCACGAGGGACAGUGUUACGUGUAGGAGGACUGCAGCUAUCACGGGUUCUAGCUGGAUCGAAAUCGUCUGAAACUAGUUGUGAUUUGACAAGUAAAGUUUCACCUGUCCGGAAGAAAGCCACAGGUCCUUGUGACACUGGAUUUAUUCAUUCUUCACCAGCCAUCAUGCCUGAGACAUCACCAUAUCCAAUGUUGGAAAAGCUUGGUUUACUGAACAAGGACCACAUUUGCAUUAAAGAUCCUGGGCGUGUGGAAGAACUGAUCUCAACUAUUAUGAGCGAUGGCUUUACAAAACUCCAGCUUGUGGUGGAUUUUGACUUCACUUUGACUCGGGUCCAUGUCAACAGUCAGCGGUGUCACUGUUCCUGGGGGAUCAUGGACAACAGCUCUUUAAUGCCAGCCUUUUACCGGGAAGAAGCCAAUGCUCUUUUGGCCAAGUAUUAUCCAAUAGAGAUAGAUCCUCACAUGACAGAAGAAGAGAAGAUCCCUUACAUGAUAGAGUGGUAUGGUCAAAUCCACAAACUCAUCGUGAAAUGCAAAGUUAGUCAAGGGUCUUUGGCAGAGAUGGUUGCUGCUAGCAAUGCAAUGUUAAGGGAUGGGACAGAAGACCUUUGCAAAAAACUCCAUAGUGUAUGUGUUCCAGUACUAGUCUUUUCAGCAGGAAUGGGUGAUAUCCUAGAGCAAGUGUUGAGACAGUUCAAUGUAUAUACAGAAAAUGUGAAAGUUGUUUCCAACUUCUUUGAAUAUAAUGCAGAGGGUGUUAUGAUUGGAUUCAAGGGAGACUUGAUACACAUGUUUAAUAAGAAUGAAAAUGCAAUCCACUCUUCAAACUAUUUUGACAAGCUGAAAGGCCGCAGUAAUGUCAUCUUAAUGGGCGAUUCUAUGGGUGAUAUAAAGAUGGCUGUUGGAGUACCUCAACCAAAUAAUGUCCUAAAAAUUGGCUUCCUUAAUGAUAAGAUUGAAGAAAGACUUGACACUUACACGAAUGCUUUUGACAUAGUUCUUAUUGAUGAUCAGACAAUGGAUGUUGUGAACAGCAUAGUAAAUUUGAUGUCAUAGUUUUUGUUUAUCCUAGGCAAUAUGACAUUAUUCCAGUAAUGAAAAAUCUAUUGCAGACAUUGUAUGAUCGAUGUUUUGUAUGGUUAAGACGUAAAAGAUAAGUUUAUGAUAUCUGUAAGUUGCUAACUAUUCACAAGUAGAGAAUUUUAAAUAAAUGUAUGUAAAGUUUUACAUGUCAGGGUAUCAUAUCAAAAACAAAUAUAAUAAAGUAGGAGUUUGAGUUUAACAUGGAGACAUGGUUGUAGUUUUAUUUUUAUAAAAAGAAAAAUAAUUGUUGAGACAAUUGUCAAAAUCUAAUGGUUAAUAACGUAAAGUGCAGUCUCGAAUGAGUAGAUCUUUAAUUUAAUUUGUGGUUUGUGGGUUUACUGACUUGGUUUUUAAUUUUAUUUAAAAUUUAAAUCACCUCUUUAUAGUGUUGUAUGUUAAAGUUAAAUUGUAUAAGAGUAGAAUAUUUAUUUUUUCAUGUUUGGUACAGUCUUAAGUUUUACUUGUACAGUGUAGACAUGGAUUAUGUAUGCAUUUUCCCAAGUUAUACAGAAGCUAUUUUAAUUUACCUUAUUUUAUAUUGCAGUCAGUCACUGAAAUUUAUACAGUACACUAUCUUUUUAAAACUAUCACUGUUUAACAUUUUAGUAUACUAGAGGCUUGAAAUAUCUGUAUUAUUCUUAAACAUCAAAUUGCAUGUUUUUUUCUAGAAAUUUACUUGACUGUAUAUUUGUAAACAUUAUUUUAUGCUGAGCCUAUUAAAUGUUUUUGUAUACAUUAUUUUAUGUCAAGCAUAUCAGAAAUUUCCACUCUGCUGUUGAUUGGCACUGAGCCUACUCAAGUUUGACUGUAGCUUAGCAGCAGAAGUUACUGUAAUUUUAUUUUGUUCUGUAAAGAUUUGAUGUUAUACCCAUUAACCUCUUCUUUACCGAGAAGCUUGACAAUGUAAACGUUGCAUUUGCUACCAAACUGAUUUUCUUGGUAAUGAAAUAAAUAAAAAGUAAAUGGGUCUUAGUAAA